GCAAGGCUACGGAGUAUUAGUCGUAUGUCUCUCUCGGGUCAAGUGUCUUCUACUAUCUAAAUGUAGCAACUCCACCGUUGCAGGAUAUACUUCGAGAUGAAAGGGACAAGAGUUCCGGUCAGACUUUCCUACUCCUUAUUGAUCUCGGAUGUGACGAUACCUUUGUUAUGGGAGAGGGCUUCCUGCAAAUUCAGCAGGGUGGCAAUAACAGAAUGGACCCCCGAGUCGACUGGGAUAACGAACAAAUCGUCGAAGGUUCCGCCCAUACAUUGAUGCCACACAACUUUGAUCCUAGGCUCAGUGAUUCCGAGCUUGAGAACAGGGGAAGAAUUGGGCAGAUUGCAUUUACAGAUAAUUGUGUUGCUCAGUUGGGACUACUGGAAGCCAAGACAUGCAUGUUCCAUUGCUACGACUGGACCCGUGCAGAGACAACUUCAGUGCACCUUAAGUGGGACUUUGGCGUAGCUUUUGCUGUCAAUGAAGGGCUGCUCAAUGAUCCAGCCGAAGGAAUCCUUGGCGUAGGCCUAAACCAUUCCCAAACUGCCUACUAUAGCACUCGGCGACGGAAUGAUCCCAAUCCUCCUAGUUUUCUGGAGGUGAUACCCAACAAAUUGAACCGAGUCUCACCUUCUCAACGCAAGGAAAAUGUAUCCAUAUACUUUGCCAUUCGCUUGGCUCCCAGGGCUUACUAUCGUGAGCCUGGUAUCGUCCGAGGCAGUAACCUGAUACAGUCAUGGAUUUCCUUCAAUGGUUGGCCCUGCAAACGGGAGCCCCGAUGGAAUGAGCGUAAGAUCGUCGUUUGUGGCGUGGAUCCGGAACCCAGGGAUUGGUCGGUCUAUCUCAGGUCUAUGAGGUUCAUGCCCAUGGUGGAUCUGGAGUCCCCACGUCCCCGCUUGACAACAGCGCCCGAAUAUUUGCAAGCAAAGCUGGAUUUUGUGGAUACACGUAGACCUCGAGGCCUGUGCGUGAUACUCGAUACCGGCGCUAGUGUCACCCGUCUUCCGCCACCGUUCUUUCAGAAACUAUAUCAUGGACUAUUCAGAUUCAAACAGAAUGACCCCGUUGGACCCAACGAUGCGGAGCCCGAAGCAUGGGUUUUGCCUGCCUGGGUCAAAGACAAAAGGAUCCAGAUCGUGUACGAGUUCGAAGGCGAGGGCGGCCAGCCUGUCACCAUUUAUGGGCCUUUCGAGAGAUUCUUUUACCAGCAUAACGUCAUGGCGUCGGGCAACCCCAUGGAGGCUUUGAUUUAUCAACAAGAUCCAUCUUGCGACUACGGAGUGUUUGGAUUGAACUUCUUCCAGAGCAUGUACGUCUCUGUACAUAAAGCGCUGAACGGUUGCCACUUCGUCCAAAUGGCUCCACAAUGGCCCGAGAACAUUGAGUCCGACCUGCGUGACUACGGAGUCCCGGGCAUGUAGGCCACUUUACAGCCGCCCUUGUAUUUGUAUCGCACCGCACGUCAAUGAAUUGGAUGUAGUCGUUCGUCUGAUGAUA